AUGCCGAAGACACCUUUCAUUGGGCGCUUGCUCAUCGUCUGCGCAAAAUUGCACGCGUCCGAGUCGAUUCAUGACUUCUCUGCCAGAUAUGAUCGUGCCCUCAAAGACGAUGUCUUGAUUGCCGACGUCUGCGGAAAUGAUGCCGAGCAGAUGAAGUACUUUGAGUGUCGGUGGUGGUGUAUGAGGCUGGCAAGGGCAAGAAAGGCCCACUUCGCAGAAAGUGAUGCCCGCCGCAUCGUCCUUGCAAACCUUCGAGACUUGCUUGGGCACUGCGGCGACGUGGAUGCAUCUGUGAGGGCAUCCGCGGACCAUCUUGUCCGCAUCUACGGGACUGGUGGUUGGCCUUGUGCGCGGCAAGCGAUUGCUGAAGCCAUGCUCGGGUGA